AUGCGAUUGAUGCGGAGUCGGUAUCGCUGUUUCGUGGCUUUUUACGGAAGUUGUCUGAAUGUGAAUCGUGGUAGAAGGGCCGGUAGCAGCACGGGCGCAAGACACUUUCGAUUGUUGUGGGGUGCGUUGAAGAACAUACUCUCACUUCGGUGUGGAAGCAGCCUCCUUGGCAACUCGAUGUUCAGCUCGCAAAAGACUGUACGACAGCAGACGUGGAGAGCGGCAAAGCUAUGGCGAUUGAUUGGCUACAUGCUGCACAAGCGGAUUUUCCGUGUUUCUGGGCCGUGCUGCCGUUAUUUGAGCCUAUUCAGAUCAUCCUUUUUGUGGUUGCAGGCUAAACAAUGCCCCAAGAUGCACAGAACAGGCAGGGCAAGAGUUGUUCCUGGUAUGGAUUGGUUUAUUUUGGAGAACAAAUCAUUGUGA